UAGUUUGAGUCUGGCGAGUUGUUCGGUUGCUGUCUCAGCAGGAGUGGGGCCCCGAGGCCUUAGGAACAGGCUUUUAUCUGUCCCGGGACCCCCUCGUCCCUCGUGCAGCGUCUCCCCCAUAACCGGAUACGGAUUGUUCGGACUCUGCCUCAGACCCAGGAGUCACAGAUGCCAGCAAGUAUGGCCCCCCUCAAGAAGCGUCGAAACACCGCGAGGUUGCCCCUGGCCUUAAACCCCCUGAAGAGCAAGGACGUGCUGGCCGUGCUGGCCGAGAGGAACCAGGCCGUAGUACCAGUUGGGGCGUGGGUGGAGCCGGCCUCGGCGCUUAGUCCCGAAAUCCCAGCAUCUACUUCAGCAUAUAUGAUUGAAGAAGAACUAAAGGAACAGCUAAGAAAAAAACAAGAAGCCUUGAAGCGUUUUCAGAGACAAGUCAAACACCGAGUAAAUCAACAAAUUAGGCUGAGAAAAAAGCAACAGCUUCAGAAAUCCUAUGAAGCAGCAGAAAAAGAAGGCACUAUAGCCAUGAAGUCUUCAGAUCCAGCACACUUAACUCCUAAAAUAACAAGUGUUUUUCAAAACAAUUUGAAUGCUGCUAUUGGAAGUGCUACAUUACCUCCUUCCCAAAUGCUUGGGGAUGGAAUAGAAGAUAGAGAGAAUCAGAAUCAAUUAUUCCAACAAGCCCAGGCUCUUAGUCAAAUCAUGAAACAGGCACGUCACCAGCUGGCAUCCUUUAAAACUGUGAGUAAAAAAGAUGAAUCAGUAUUUCCAGAUGAUACAAGGAAAAGCUUUCCCACCCAAGAGGAACCGGACUCUGAGGAAUCUUUAUCUCUUAUGAUGGACAAGAAAAGGAAAGAAAAUUUAUUUUGGUGUAACCAACAGGAUCUCCUUUCUGAAAAGAAGGACACAUUUUUCAGCAGAGUUCGGAAAGUACAAUUCAAAAAUCCAUUAUUUGCUAUAAUGGAAGAGGAUGAGCUAACGAAGUUACAUCUUCAAGAUAUUCUGCCAGAAACCCAGGAUUAUUUUCCAGAAGCCCAAGGUGAUAUACUGGAAACCCAAGAACAGAAUACUCUGCCCAAAUGUCAGGACCAGGAUUUUCUACCGAGAUAUCAGAAAGUACGCUUCAAGGAGCCAUAUUCUGAUACGAUACAUGAGAAAGGGAGAGGGGACUUUUCUCUGGCAUGUUAUCAGUCUCCGACUCCUAAACUCCAGGACCAGGUAUUCGUCAAAGAUCAGAACACGUUUUUCAAGCAGCCGUCAUCUUUUAUCAGAGAAGAAAGCUUGAGAGAUGAAUUGCCUCUGGAGUGUCAAUGUUAUGUUAACCUUCAAGUCCAGGACCAAGCCUCCCCUGGAGAUCAGAGUUUGUACUCCAGGCAGCAGCUGUCUGUUGGGACAGCUGAAAGAUGGCAAGAUUUGUUUCCAGAUGGCCAUCAGUAUCUUCCACCCAAACACCGGAGAGAGGCUUCCAGCAGAAGACAGGUUCAUGAUAGAUAUCAAUCAGGAUUGAACACUGAAUUCCAAACUCCACUGGCACUUCAGUUUGGAGUAGAUCAAGAAGAAGACAAGAAAGAGCGUCAAAAGCGGUACCUGAGAUAUAGACGACUUUUCAUGAGUAUUGAAAGAGAACAAGUAAAAGAACAACAAAAGCAAAAAGAACACAGGAAGAGAAUUGAAAAAAUUAAGAAAAAGAAAGAGCAGCAACGUUAUGCUGAAGAGCAGAGGAUAAUAAGAAUGAACUUUCAUGAAGAGCCAUAUUCAAGUGAGAAGGUGAGCGAGAUGUUAGCCCAGCUACAGCUUGAGGAAGUAAAAGGACCCAGAGAAAAACAGCAACAAAGAGAAAAGGAAUACCAAAGAUAUGUAGAAGCUUUAAGGGCCCAGAUCCAAGAGAAAAUGCAGCUGUAUAAUAUUACUUUACCUCCACUAUGCUGCUGUGGUCCUGACUUUUGGGAUGCUCAUCCUGAUACCUGCGCCAACAAUUGCAUUUUCUAUAAAAACCACAGAGCAUAUACCCGGGCAUUAUAUUCAGUCAUCAAUUCCUGUGAUAUCCCUGAGGGGAACUCAACUCUUCGAGUCGCCAUUCAUAAUUUUGCUUCUGCACACAGACGGACUUUGAAAAAUGAAUAAUGAGAGUCUGAAAUCAACUGUUAGUAGUUCAGCCUUCACUUAACAUCAACUCUGAGAGAUUAUUUAGGAAAAGCUGUUACAAUGUAUAAGACGAAAGACUGUCUCACAUAACAACUGUCUCUAUAAUUAGAUCGGAACCAUUGUUUCAGUCUUCACCUUGGGACCAUGAUGGAAAGUUGACUUCCAAACUUGUCUCUUUGCUGUGAACCAUAUAGAG